AUGUCUUCCCAACCCCAACCCGACGAAAUCGUCAUCCCAGCCCUGCACGCUCAAAUCAUCUCCAACAUGCGUAUCAUCGAUCCCAGUCUUGACUUUCCCAUCAUCACCACUGGCUAUGAAGAAGAAUUUGGCUCUUGGGGUGCCAUGGUCUGGAACAACCAAGGCGAAGUCGAGUACCACGUUUCGGGUUGUCACAAUGCCGUGGAUGCUUUGCGUACCCUGCUGAGUUCUACCUCUUGCGCCAUCUACACCAGAUACCGCCGCAACGUCGACAAUGGCGACAAGGGUGAGAAUGGCGAUGCUGGAGAUAAUGGCGAUGCUGGAAAUAAUGGCGAUGCUGGAGAUAAUGGCGAUGCUGGAGAUGCCGGACAUGCUGGCCAUGCUGGCGAUACUGUCGAUGCUGGCGACGAGGAAAAUGCUUCAACCCGUCGCUAG